AUGACGGGCGAGGUAGUUUCUGAGGUGAGCAUAUGCACAUCCCUCAAACCGGGACUGCGGAUGCCCGGCUCCGAGGGGUCUGACAGGGAGAGAGACCGGCAAAGGCGGCUUGCCCUGGGUGGGAGGACUACAGUUCCCGGCGUGCACCGCGCCAGCCCAGGCGGCCCCGCGGACUCGGCCGGGAGGGCUAGGGACUCCGCUGUCGGGGUGUUGGCUCUCCCGCGCUUCUGCUCUCCUGGUUGUGUAGCUCCUCGUGUUCGCGGUGCGCGCUGCCAGCUCCCGUGCCCCUCCUCAUCCCAUCCGUCACACCUGCCCUCCCCUUUGGCGCGUUUCCUGCCGCAGGAGGCCUUCCUCCUACAGCGUCCCAAAAGAGCAAGGCCCAGGCCGAACUGGGCUGCUGGGGUUCACCUAGAACUCAAUGAUCUAAAACUCAUUUCACAAGGAGAAAGAAACAGUCCUUCAGACAGUGGACAAGGCAGCUGUGAAACAACUGGGGCCUUGAGUGAAAGAGAUUCAGAUGAAGAGAUUUUUGUGAGUAAGAAAUUGAAAAGCAGGAAGGUGCUACCAGACAGUGAUUCUGAAACAGAGGACAUAAAUGCCUCUCCAGAGAAAACGACUUAUGACAAUACAGAGGAGGAAGAUAAAGAGAAUUUAUAUGCUGGCAAACAUGGAAACAUCCGAAGAAUUUACAAAAGUCUGGCCGACAGUGAUGAGAGUGACACUGAGGGGUCUUUAUAUCAGAAAAAUCUUGAAACCCAAGCAACACCUUGCUUAGAGCUUGAUCUCCAAUCUGAAAAGUCUGUGGACUUUACGGUUGACAGAAGGAUUUCCAAAAAAUCUGUACGUGAUAAAGAAGGAACUGGAGGAAAAGCAAAAGUAAAAUCAAAGAGAAGACUUGAGAAAGAAGAAAAAAAGAUGGAAAAAAUUAGGUGGCUACAAAAGAAGGAAACAAAAAAUGAGGAAGAGGAUGUGAAACAGCCAUUUAGUGACAGUGGCUGUCUUCUUGUGGAUAAAGACCUUUUCGAAACUGGACUGGAGGAGGAAAAUAACUCUUCAUUGGAAGAUGAAGAGUCAUUAGAAUCAAUAAGGGCAGCUGUGAAAAACAAAGUAAAAAAGCACAAGAAAAAGGAACCAACUUUGGAGAGUGGGUUCUAUUCAUUUGAAGAAGAGAAUGAGUUAUCAGACGGCUCUGUGAGGAAGGAAAGGACGGCAGCCAAGCUAAGUAAGGAAGCAUUAAAAAAACUGCAUAGUGAGACUCAGCGCCUUAUUCGAGAGUCUGCACUGAAUCUUCCAUAUCAUAUGCCUGAGAAUAAAACCAUUCACGAUUUCUUCAAACGUAAGCCCCGACCCACCUGCUGGGGAAAUGGCAUGGCACUGCUGAAGUCAUCUAAGUAUCAGCCAAGCCAUAACAAAGAAAUCAUAAACACUGCACAUACAACUGAAAUGAACAGUGACUCCCAUAGCAAAAGUUCUGAGCAGGCAACAGGCACAGAAUAUGAAAUGGAGAUUAACCCACUCCUUGAAGCUUUAAAGGAACCCCAAAACACUGCUGGAUCAAAUAAGUCUUGCUGUAAGGAUUUGGUGGGAAGUGAAGAGCCAGAAACUCAGGAGAAACAGAAACAAACUGAUGCUUCUGGGGGCAGCUCAGUGGAACAAAAGGAACCCAGCUUCCUAGGAACCAAGGAGGGUGGUGAAGAGUAUCAGGCUGGAGGACUUGUGGCACCUGAACCUCAUGCCCUGGAAGGAGAAGAAGGCCUGAAAAAAACAGAAGAAGCAGAUGGUAAAGUGGAAGAGCCCAGGCAGCAAACAAAAUCAGCAGCAGCUGUGCCACCUGAAAAAGUGAGAAGGUUCACUCUGGAUAGACUUAAGCAACUGGGAGUAGAUGUUUCCAUUAAACCUCGGCUGGGUGCUGAUGAAGAAUCCUUUGUGAUACUUGAUGAACCUGAAACUAACAGAGAACUGGAAGCCUUGAAACAGCGUUUCUGGAAGCAUGCUUGUCCAGCAGCCAAACCCAGGGCCAGUCAGACGGUGAAUGUGAAUGUCAUCGUGAAAGAUGUGGGCAUGGAUGGAAAGGAAGAGCUAAAGGCAGAUGUGGUGCCUGUGACUUUGGCAGCUGAAAAGCUGGAUGGAGGAAGCUACACCAAGCCAGGUGAAAAGCUUCAAGUGCUGAAAGCUAAACUGCAAGAGGCAAUGAAACUCCGAAGACUUGAGGAACGUCAAAAGCGCCAAGCAUUAUUUAAAUUAGAUAAUGAAGAUGGGUUUGAGGAGGAGGAGGAAGAGGAGGAAGAAGAAACGACAGAUGAAUCUGAGGAAGAUGGAGAAGAGGGGAUGGAGAAGGAAGAGGAAGAAGAGGAAGAAUUAGAGGAAGAAGAGGAGAAGGAAGAGGAAGAGGAGGAAGAAGGCAAUCAGGAGAUUGAAGAAUUCCUUCUUAAUAGUGAAGAAAUAGAAACCAAAGAUGAGAAAGAAAUGGAUAAAGAAAACAAUGAUGGCAGUAGUGAAAGUGGCAAGUCAGUUGGCCUUCUCUCUGUUCCCAAGCCUCUCUCAUCAGAUUCUACCUUCCUUCUAUUUAAGGACAACUCUUCUAAGAUGGGUUACUUUGCUUCUGAAGAAAAGUCAGAAACAGAUGAAAACUCAGGCAAAAGGCCUAGCAAACUGGAUGAAGAUGAUUCAUGCUCAUUGCUGACAAAAGAGAGCAGUCAUAAUAGCAGCUUUGAGCUGAUUGGUUCCACGAUUCCAUCCUAUCAGCCUUGCAACAGACAAGUAGGUCGUGGGACCAGUUUCUUCCCUACAGCAGGAGGAUUCAGAUCUCCUUCCCCGGGGCUAUUUCGAGCCAGUUUGGUCAGCUCAGCUUCUAAGAGUUCAGGGAAGCUGUCUGAGCCUUCACUUCCCAUAGAGGAUUCCCAGGAUCUGUAUAACGCCUCCCCAGAGCCUAAGACACUUUUCCUAGGAGCAGGAGACUUCCAGUUCUGUUUAGAAGAUGACACUCAGAGCCAACUGUUGGAUGCAGAUGGGUUCUUAAACGUUAGGAACCACAGGAAUCAGUACCAGGCUUUGAAGCCUCGACUGCCAUUGGCCAGUAUGGAUGAGAAUGCUAUGGACGCUAACAUGGAUGAGCUGUUGGAUUUGUGUACUGGGAAGUUCACAUCCCAGGCUGAAAAACCUCUACCCAGGAAGAAUGACAAGAAAGAGAACAUGGAGGAGCUUCUGAAUCUUUGUUCAGGGAAAUUCACUUCUCAGGAAUCCUCCACUCUGGCUCAAUCAGAGUUAAAUAAGCAGGAGAAGGAGAGCAGCACAGGUGAUCCAAUGGAAGAAGCACUUGCUCUUUGCUCAGGCUCUUUCCCAACAGACAGGGAAGAAGAAGGUGAAGAGGAAGAAUUUGGAGACUUUCAGCUUGUCCCAAAUGAUAAUGAGUUUGAUAGUGAUGAGGAUGAACACAGUGACCACAGUGACUCUGGUAAUGAAGAUCUGGCACUGGAAGACCAUGAAGAUGAUGAUGAAGAACUCCUAAAGCAGUCUGAGAAGUUGAAAAGGCAAAUGAGAUUGAAGAAGUACCUGGAAGACGAAGCAGAGGUGUCAGGGAGUGACGUGGGAAGUGAAGACGAGUAUGAUGGGGAAGAUAUUGAUGAAUAUGAAGAAGAUGUAAUUGAUGAAGCACUGCCUUCUGAUGAAGAACUGCAGAAUCAAAUCAAGAAAAUACACAUGAAAACCAUGUUGGAUGAUGAUAAGCGACAGCUACGUUUAUACCAAGAGAGGUACCUAGCUGAUGGGGAUCUGCACAGUGAUGGUCCUGGGCGAAUGAGGAAAUUCCGAUGGAAAAACAUAGAUGAUGCUUCCCAGAUGGACUUGUUCCACAGAGACUCUGAUGAUGAUCAGAUUGAAGAACAGUUCGAUGAGACAGAAGCCAGAUGGAGAAAGGAGCGAAUUGAACGAGAGCAGUGGCUUCGGGACCAGGCACAGCAGGGGAAAAUUGCAGUGGAAGAAGAAGAAGAAAUUGGAGAAGACAGUCAGUUUAUGAUACUGGCCAAGAAAGUUACAGCCAGAGUGCUUCAGAAGACUGCCAAUCGCACUGUGGUUGUUCAGGAAUCAAAAUCUUUACUCAGAAGCCCUUUUGAAGCCAUCAAACCAGGAAGUACCCACCAGCUAAAGACAGGCUCCUUGCUCAAUCAGCCCAAAGCUGUGCUUCAGAAACUGGCUGCCCUCUCUGACCUCAACCCUACUGCUCCCCGAAAUUCAAGAAACUUUGUCUUCCAUACACUUUCUCCUGUCAAGGCUGAGGCAGCAAAGGAAUCUUCUAAGCCUCAGGUGAGGCGACGGGGUCCAUCUUUAAUCACAUCUCCGUCACCGAAGCGCCUCAAAACAGAUGAUAGCACUUCAGGAUUAAAGCGAAGCAUUUUCAGAUACUUGGAAAGCUAACACCAUCAAGGAUUAUUGCCAACAGCUAUGUUAAGAAUGCUUUGAGAAGUUCCUGGCACUGAAGGUUAGAUAUGAUGCUCACAUUGAUGAUCCCUCCUUCCUUCAUAAUGAAUGCAUUAAGAAUUACAAACAGAAAUUCCAGUUCUUUCCACUGCAUGGCUCUGGAUAUCUCUCCUUUCCUGGUAUUUCCUGUGUUGCCACUAGUCAUAAUUCUGCAGUGUUUACAGCAUUGAUUCAUGGGAUACUUGGGUGAAGCCUCACUUGUUGUUUUAUCUUAGCAGCUUCCUGAGUUGAUACCUCUUUGUGAUAGGGUUGUUGAGAGAGGAGGAGGGAGAGGAAGAAAGUGUGGCAUUAUAGAAAAUAGUGAAAGUAUCAGAAUGACUUCUUCACAGCUCUUAAGAUCAGCACCACAGUGGCCCGGAAUCAGUGAGAGAGAGAGUUCUUAGACAGAGAACCUAGGAGCUGAUCAGAAGGACUGUUAUUAGUCUUGCUCCUUCCAUUUUCUUGUAUGCCUUUUCCAAAGGCAGUCUCAAAUUGCCAGUUAACCUUUGCUGCCUUUAUAAUAAGGACUUAAACUGGUACUAAGUCAGUAAGACCUUGGCCCUAAUUUUGUGGAGUAUGAGAAUGAAGAUAAAGGCUUGCACCCAGUCCCAUCCCUGUCAAGAUAUUCCAUGGCGCAAAGAUCUUUCCUGGGACUAAAUUCUCAAUUAUAAACAGUGUUGCUCAGGACCUCCCUUCUGACUUGACAAAAAGAAAUAUAACCAUUACUGAUGGCAUUCUCCUGGCUUGAGUAUGUUGCCCUGGCCAGUACAGAGGGCACUUUAAUAUUUCAUUAUUUAGAAGACCACCAGGGAGUUUAAUCAAAAUAUAGUUGAAAAGAGUUGCCAUCACUCCCCAUUUUCCCUGAACUACCAUGAGGCUCUCAGAAUUUUAGACAGAUUUUUUUCCCCCUCAGAACUGAGUACUCAUGCUGCUCUGGAAAACCAUUCCAUGUAGUGCUAUGGUUUGACUGUCAAGAGCUCAACUUUUGGAAAGUUGGAUGAAAAUUGUGCCAGACUAGGAGAUGGGGAAUACCUGUUUAACUGAUGAGAUUAGGGUAUAGGUUUUCUACAGUUUUUUUCCUCUGACUCAAGCUGCUGACUUUGACAGAACUCAUGUUUGUAUAUUUGUAAUCUUGUAA